GUUGACUAUAGUGGUAUGCCUUUGUUCAGAUAACUUUCUUUGAAGGAUUGCUUCAUUGUAAGAAGGUGGUGCAUUAAUUUCUGUCAUUGUCAAUUUGUUUAUUUGAGCUGGUGAUUCAGAUUACAGAAGAUGUUUAGAUGGCAUCCUUUAAAUACAUUAUUCAUUUCAUCUUUCACCCCACUUAACACCGAUCGUGAGAAAUUGAUCGAGGCUGUGUUUAGCUGCAAGUUCAUUGUUGUUAUAUUUACACAACGGGCCCAAUCCUUUCUCUUAGCUUGUUUGUUUGGUUUGGCCGUGUCUUCUUUUCUCUUUUGUCUCUUUUGGCCGAGUGCUGCGCGUCAUCUUUUCCCGCCGGUUUACUCACUCUCACUUAUCACCGAAUUGGGCUGCCGAUUAAAUUCGACAACGCACGGCUCGCUGAAUUGAAUGGCAAUGCUUCAAAUACAUACUGUUAGCAUCAUACUGUUCUGACAUCAUUGAC